CAGAAACCACGUGGAAGUUUCCAUCGAAAAAGGGUUCUCGGCGAUGAUAUUUCGAUCAUUUAAGCGGGAGGAGUGGGGAAGUGGGAGGAAGAAAUAACAGCAACAGGCACAGGGAAGCACAAAGAAUGAGAUGGAGAAGAAAAAAGAACAAUAAAUAAAAGAAGAGAACAAAAAUUAUUGCGCACGGUGCUCGGACGUCAAUUGCCGUCGUUGGCUGCGCUGGCUCUGACUCUCCUGUCUCUCGACCAGCACCCCUUCUCCCGCUAUGGCUCCGGCUCCACUCUCAGAGUAAUCUUGAAAAUCGUGAGUUUGUAUGUUGCGGCUGUUGCAGUUGCAGUGUUGUUGUAGCUUUGGGGCACGCUUUCGGUCCGCCCUGUGCGCAUUUUCUUUGUUUUUCGUUUUGGUGUGUGUGUGUGGCAGGCCAGGCAGCAUGUGCAGUGCCCCCAAAGAAAAAUCAAGUUAACAACCAACGCACGCAAACACAGUGGAUAGGGUGGUGAUAGGAGAGGAGGAGCAGGAGGAGGUCCAACGCCAACGCCAACGCUGCGCUCGUGUAUUGGAAAAAAGCCUGCAGCGCAGUUGAGUUGCCUUCUCUCGUGCUCUCGCGCUUCGCUGAUUCACAGACAGCACAGACCAGGCAGACGGCACCGGACGACCAACAGGGGGGCAGGGGCUGGGCACGUUGGCGUCGCGUCGCUGCCAGCGUCGACUGCUGAAACUCGACUUUUGUGGCGUUUUGUCGAGAGGUUGCUGAGCCCGAGCGAAGCCGCGAAUCCAGUUUCUUCUUCACUCGCACGGCGUCAGAGGCAGACGGGCAACACGGGAGCGAGCGCCAAUAGUAUUAUUCGCAAAAUCUGCGGCACAACAAACAAACAAAAAACAGAAAGUUGGAAAUUGUUUCUGCUCUCAGCUUUUGUUGAUGCUGAUCCUCUCCGGGUAAGGAUAAGCAAGAGCGAAGGGGAUGCAUAUAUGCCAUGGAGCUGGCUAUGAGUAAAUCAACGUGCUCCUCUGGAGCAGCAGCCGCUGCUGCGUCCUGCAUGGAAUGCUGCACUGAAUGCCCCCUCUCCUGUUGCAGUGCCUCCUCGUGUUGCGAUGCCAGCUGCGAGUUGCUGCCACAGGAUGCCAUUCGAUACGAGUACCACGAGCCGGAGGAGAACUUUGUGUCCAUCGAUGAUGUGAAGAUCAAGGCGCUGCUUUUGAGAAUCGGCCAGCAGCAGCAGCAGCAGCAACAGCAGCAGGAGGAGCUGGAAAGGCAGCGUCGUCUGGAAAGAGAGAAGGAUCGACUGGAAAUCAUUGUACUGGAUGAAGAGGGGAUAAAGCAGAAGGAACAGCCACCCUCCGGUUUGAUCAUCAGUGCAGCCAGAAGUUUGGCAGGAAUUUGGCCAGUGAAACGCACAUCACCCGACAUCCAAUUGAUCCCCAGAGUGGAGCAUCGCAUUGUGGCGAAGAUCGAGCUAAGCGACAGCGAGGAGGAGCAGGAAGAGGAGCCAGAAGACCCCAGUGAUGAGGAGACUGCUCCACUGGCUGCCGUCAGCUGUGAACUGGAGGAACAGGAGCCGGAACAAGUGAUUGUCCUGCAAUCAGAGGAUGAGGAGGAGAAGGAGCAGCGGCCCACCAAGCAGAAAAAGCAUAGAAGGUCGAACAAACGUCGUCCUUAUAUUAACCGCCGCGGACGGCAUGUCUUCGAGUGCACCGCCUGCGGUAAGAAGGUGCAGUCCAACUAUAAUCUGCGACGCCACAUGAUGAUACACACAGGCGAACGUCCCUUCCCGUGUGAUCUGUGCGAGCGUCGCUUCCGAGAGUUUAGCGAUCUGAAGAAGCAUCGCCGGAGGCACUCCCACGAUCCGCAGUUCAUCUGCAUGAUCUGCCAUUUGGGGCCGCCCACAGAGCAGGACUCGACGCGUUGUGCGGACUGCGAGAGCAAGAAUCUCAUGGUGAAGCCGGAAACGGAUGAAACAGAGCCAGCAGAGGAUGAUCCUGUGGCAGAGAUGGAAGAAGAUGAAGAAGAGGAGGAAGAGGAGGAAGAGCAGCAGGAACAGGACGAUAGAGGGGAUGAUCUAGAGGAUGCCACAUCACUACCGGCUCAGCCCUCGCCCCCACCCACUUUGACAGUGACCCUAGUUCCAAUCCUCCCACAGCCCACUCCACCUGUCCCAGAGGCCAUUGCUCUACUGCCAAUACAGCCACCUGCCCCUGCACGUCCGCCCCUGCCACUGAGCUGCAGCAGCGCCAACUCAUCCUCGUCCCUCAGCAAUGACGGCACAGCCACAGCUGCCCCGAUGAGACCCUCCAGGAGUCGCCGCUCCUAUCCCUGCCCGCUGUGCCACCGUCCCUUUGGAACGCGCCACAACCUCAAGCGCCACUACAUGAUCCACACGGGCGAGAAGCCGUUCAGCUGCACCAAGUGCCGCAAGCCCUUCCGCGAGUGCUCCACCCUGAAGAAGCACAUGGUCACCCACGUCCGGGAUCGCUGGUACAAGUGCCUGCGUUGUCCCUUGAGGUUCCAGGACUAUCUGGACUACACAUCCCACAAAGCCGCGCACCAGGAGGAGGAAAGCAGCGGCGAACAAAAAUCCACAUAUGAAAGCGACGAUGGCGACAGUUCUGUGGACGAUUGGCUGGAGUGCUGCGAGUGCCAGCAGAGAUUCACCGAACUGGAUGCGUACACGGCACAUCUUAAGCAGCAUGAUAUGGAGCUGUACGGCAUGAGUGUGGAUGAUGUGGACAUUGAAGAGCAGGCGAAUGUGGCCCAACUGUGAUGCCACCUAACGGAUCGAAAGAACGAAUUUUACAUAUACGCGAUGAUUGAAUCAUUAAUUUAUUUUAUAAACUUUCACUGUGAGUGACGAGCGCGUGUGGAUGCUCUCAAACAGGAUUACAAAUCCUGCAUAAAAUCAAGACAUUCCUAUCCUGUAUGGCAGUAUUUUCUAUCUAAUCUUUUGCAUUGAAUGAAACAUUCAUAAUUUAUUUGAAAUUAUUUUCAAUUUAUUACUGGAUUUUAGCUACCAAAAGCUCCUAUAAUAAGCUCCAUCUUUCAAGAAUCGCCCAAUAUUUAUAUUAAUCCUUAUAUAGUGUAAGGAUCGUAUUCGCAAUGAACUUCCAGUAAUAAUUUACGAUAUGGAAUAAUAUUUUAUUCUUUUAUAUAUCCCUACUAUUUGCUUCUUCCAUAUUAUGAUAAGAAAUUUCUAUGAACUGAGCGAUGACCCCUAUAAAUAGGGUCUUAUCUUUUAAUUGUGUAUUUGUAUU